AUGUUUUGGCCAGUAGCGGCGGUUCUGCUCGCCCACCUCGGGUCCACCUUAACGGAGGCAUGGAGAGCAUCUCAGCCAAGACUGCAGUUCACACACUCCGAGCUGAUCCAGAACGGCCGCCUGCUGAUGCUGCCCCUAGUGGCCGGAGACCUGCACUCCCUGCUGCCCGACGAAGAUGGGAGGCGUCUGUACGUGGCCAUGAAAGAUAACCUGCUGUCUACCGGUCUGGACGACAUCACACAGAACCCUAGCAAGCUGUACUGGCCAGCCAGUCCGGACCGCGUCCAGGAAUGUCUCAUGGCUGGGAAGGAUCCAGAGUUGGAGUGUGCCAACUUCCUGCGAGUUCUGCAGCCUUUUAAUCAGACUCAUCUGUACGUAUGUGGCACCGGGGCCUUCAACCCUCGCUGUGCUCUCGUCGCUACCAGCGUCUUCCAGCGGUCAGAGCACCAGACUCUCUCCUACAGCCAGACAGAGUGUGGGAAGGGCAAAUGCCCUUACGAUCCGUUCCAGAAAACAGCCUCUGCUGUUGUUGAUGGAGAACUGUAUGCUGGGAUCACCUCAGACUUCAUGAGCAGGGACUCUGCCUUCUUCCGCAGUCUGGGCAGCCGCCAUGUCAUCCGCACUGAGCAGUACGACUCCACCUGGCUGCAGAAUGCCCAGUUUGUACGGGUAGCGCCACUGUCUGAAACUGAUAACCCAGAAGAUGAUAAGGUCUACGUGUUCUUCACUGAGCGCGCUCAGGAGGCAGAAGGGGCUGCUGGGAAAGUGCUCUACUCCAGGGUGGCGCGUGUGUGCAAGAAUGACAUUGGCGGCCAGAGGAGUUUAGUUAAUAAGUGGAGUACCUUCCAAAAGGCUCGCAUGGUGUGCUCGGUCCCAGGACCAGACGGCCUGCAGACGCACUUUGACCAGCUGCAGGACAUCUUUAUCCUGCAGGGGAAAGACAAGAAGAACCCUCUCAUCUACGGCCUGUUCACCACAUCGAGUGAUAUUCUGAACGGUUCGGCUGUGUGCGUUUACCGGAUGGAGGAUGUCGUUCGGGCUUUUAAGGGAAAUUUCUUACACAAGGAGGGGCCUCAGUAUAAGUGGGCAGAGUUUACAGGCAAGGUGCCCUACCCACGACCAGGAACUUGUCCAAGCAGCACAUAUGGAAGCUACAGUUCGACCAGAGAGUAUCCUGACGACGUCAUCUUCUUCAGCAGGACACACCCACUGUUGCAGGAAAAUGUGCUACCACUGGGAGAGCGCCCACUCCUGGUGAGAGUUGGUGUCCACUACAAGUUCACCAAAUUGCUGGUGGACCGAGUGGAGGCGGUGGACGGCACCUAUGAUGUUCUGUUCAUCGGCACAGACUCUGGUCUGGUUCUGAAAGCCAUCCAUCUGCCCAGAGAACACGGGCAGAGUCAUGAGGUCACUCUGGAGCAGCUCCAGGUCUUUCAGCACAAAUCACCUGUAACAGCCAUGACACUCUCAAAGAAAAAGCAGUGGUUGUUUGUGGGCUCCAGGGAGGGUGUGUCCCAGCUCGCCCUGUACCAGUGUGAGUUGUACGGUCAGGCGUGUGCCGAGUGCUGCCUGGCCAGAGAUCCCUACUGCACCUGGGACGGACACGCCUGCAGCCCCUACAUGCCCACUGUGCGCAGGAGGAAUGCUCGUCAUUUAGGGGAGGAAGAGGAUCCGCUCACUCAGUGUGUCAGACAGGGAGCCGUGCUGCAGGUGGAGGCGGAGCAGAGGGUGAUGAUGGUUGCUGAGGGUAACAGCACCUACCUGGAGUGUCUCCCUCGAUCCAGACAUGCUGCUGUUACCUGGUACAAACAGGCUGGAGAGAACAGUCCUGAACUAAACCAGCUGGUAACAGGUGACCAGCUGGUGGUUAUCGAGCGGGGUGUUCUGAUUCGUCGAGCCGAGCUGUCUCACGGCGGGGUCUACCACUGCCAGGUGGAGGAGCAUGGCUACCACUGGACCGCCGUCACUGUUCGUCUCGCCGUCUGGAGCUCUUCUGCCAACCACCUGUUCGCUUCCUGGUCCGGCUCAUCCUAUCAGAGCAGGGGACCCAAGCCCUGGUACGAGGACGUGAUGGCGCUGAUUCACCCGGGAAAUCUCGGCCAGCACUGCAGGGCCCUGGGAUACCGCCCCCCGCGCAGCCACCGUCGUCAUGGUGACAUGAUGGUGGAGCCAAACAAGGAGAAAGAGAGAGGAGAAAGGCACAAGCAUGGGGGAGGAGGAGGAGGAGGAGGAGGGGGAGGAAGAGCAGCAGGGAGGAAGAGCAGGAGCAAGCCUCAGCAGAGGGCGCCAAGAAGCGCUUGA